UCCAUUCUUCAAGUUAUAAAAAAGACCAGCAUGGGUAAGAGCAAGAGCAGAACCGCCAGCAAGGCGCCCGGGUCAUGGCUCAAGAGCACUGCCGAAGAGCCGGUGGCCACGAAAGCAAAAACCAAGCACCAGCGGCCAAAAACUAUGGCCGAGCUUGCCGACAAGCAUCAGCUGUACCAGCAAGCAGUGCAGAAGCCGCGCAAGGAGGUGCGCAAUUUGGAUACCAUCUACCGUAAGCUCUGUACACAGCAUCUGGACCACGCAACAAAAAAGCGGCCAGCGAAUCAGAGCCCGGGCGAAUCGUCCGACUCUGGUCUCGACGAUCCGCUGCAUGGUCACCGGCGACAUGCGCUGACCAUGCGCGAGGAUUUCUGCGGCACAGCGGUUCUGUGUGCCGAGUGGGUCCGCACUGAUUCGUCGCCCGAGCGCUGUGCGUACGGCGUGGAUAUCGACAAGAAUGUAAUCGACUAUGCCAUGGAACACACGGUUGGUGGAGCUGGCCACCACGAAUCGUCGCUUGGCUCACGAAUCAAACUGGUAUGCGCUGAUGUAAUGGCGGUAAAGGGCAGCGGAUCUGCAAGCGAGGAGCUGCAUAGACUCAGCCUGCCGCGCGUCGACAUCAUCGCCUCGCUCAACUAUGCUAUGUGCUAUUUCCACCAGCGCCAAGAUCUGAUCCGGUACUUGAAGCACAGUCUGAAGAACCUGAACGACUUUGGUCUCUUGUUUUGUGAUAUCUUUGGGGGUGUCGAAGCGACCAAAUCGGGCAUCAGCAAUAUCCGCGACUUGGGUAGCUUCAAGUAUUACUUCCACCAGCACAGUUACGACCUGAUGAGCAACACCAUUCGCUUCUCGCUCGGAUUCAAGAUGCGCGAUGGGUCGGUGCUCAAAAACUGCUUCAGCUACGAGUUUCGCGUCUACACAAUAUCAGAUCUCAAGGAGGCGAUGCUGGAGGCUGGGUUCGACGAUGUCAGUGUGUGGAUCAGUCCGCGCACCAAGGACGGUGAUGAAGAAAGCGACGAGGAUAAAAACAGUGAUAGUAGCGAGGAAACUGACGGAGAGGCCAGUUCCUGCGAGGAUGAGGGCAAGGAUGCAAGUGAUGACAGCCAUGGCCAUAGUAGCUCUGGCCAAGGCGACUUUGAGGCAUUCACCGAAAUGAAGACCCGAAUGGAAAUGCCCUAUGCGUUCAACGCCUACAUCGUCGGCAUCAAGCUCCCAAAGUCGCGUUAAAUGGUAGUAUAUCCUUAAUUAUC